UUUACGUGUUCGUGUCUGUGAAGCUGGUCUACUGCUUGUUAUCUCUGCUUCAAGGCUGCCCCCCAACCUGUAAAUUGGAUGCGGAAACGUGACUUUACGAAUGACAUGGAAAAGGCUAAAUGACUGUAGCCUUAUAGCGGACGCAGAAAUAUAUACAUUAUCCCAGAAGGAAAAUGGCAGCUGACAGUUUCACAGAGGCCCUGCAUCGACUGAGGGAGAUCCAUGACAAGGAUGUACUAGGUAUGCAAGCAAAGCUCAAUGAACUUACCGUUGAAAAAUGCAGAGAUGCACAAAGAAUUGAUGAAUUAUUUUCCAAAAACCACAGUCUCCGGGAACAGCACAAGGUCCUUAAUGAAAACAUUAAAGUGUUGGAAAACAGACUGAGAGCAGGACUGUGUGACAGAUGUAAAGUGACACAAGAACUCGCUAAAAAAAAGCAGCAGGAAUUCGAGAAUGUGCAUUACCUCACCCUGCAGCAAAUCUCCUCACUCACCAAUGAAAUGAACAGUUUGAAAGAAGAAAACAGAACCCUUCUUGAAGAACUGAAGACGCUGAAAUGUUUGGACAACAGAAAUCCAAGGUCCUAUACUCCUGAAGCAAACCACAGUUCAGACUCACCUCAUUCUCACGUAACAGUUGGGAACCCAAAAAAUGGUCUUGAGAAGACAAACAAAGAUGAAGAGACUCAGGAAAAACAAGCCGAUCAUCCAUUGCCAGAAGAGAAAGGUUCAGCGAUUCCACAUUUGUCUCCAGGAGAGAAGACGUUCCAAGCCACCAGUGCUGAUUUUCGCCUCCUAGAGAUGUGCAAGCCUGGGACACAGAGGAUGAACGCCAAUGCACAGAACCACCAGCGAAUCUCUAACCAGCUUCAUGGGACCAUUGCUGUGCUGAGGUCCAAAGGUAGCCAGACAGCUCAAGCACAAGCCCAAACAAGGAGGACCUCAACCAGUGAAACGCAUGCCACAGGUAGCGGUGCAGACUUCUCGGAGGCUUCUGCACAUCUUGAAGCACUAAGUCAGCACUUGGCACAGAAAUGUCCUGGAGAACGGGGUACUGGGGUGCCUGUAGAAGGAACAAGCCGACAUUUACCAUCCAAAAAUCGUGAGGCAAUGCUAGAAAGGGAUGAUUGGGAGGAGAGGGAAGCGAUGGUGGACUUACAUGAUGCGUUAGUGUACAUGAGGGAACAUGGAUACCGAGGCAGAAUGACACACCCCAACAACAGAGAACGACUCCAUUACAUCCUAAGCAGGCAGCACCAAGGACUCCGAUCACCGCAAUCACCUGAUGACAUCCAAAAGUCUCAAAGAAAAGAGAGACUGGACGAUGGGAAUCUCUCACUUCUGCAAGUCCUCAGCGCUCGCUGGAAGAACAUCAAGCAUCAAGAUAACCAGAGUAAGGAGCAGGAAUGGGAAGACAAAGAAGCAAAUUAUUCAGAGAGAGAAUACCGAGAACACGAAGAGACCAUGCCAGAUAAGCCCCUCGAUCUGUCUGAUUCCAAGCGGGGGCAGCAUGGCAAUAUCACCGAUAACAAGAAAGAACAGAGAAGGAUGUAUGAAAGCUACAUACCUAGCCCCACGUUCAGCAAUACCUCCUCUCCUCCCCCCUGGUUGUCAAGUAGUGAUCUUGUCCACUCAGGUGGAAAUGAGAAUACAAGAGCUGCUGCCAUGAAUCUCGAGACUGAGCACAACCGAGACAGCAAGGUCUGCUCUAACCAGGAGGACUUUCAAGAUGGAGUCAUGGAAUCUAAAUCUUCCUUGGACAUGGACAGAGAAGCAGCUGGUACGAAAAGAUCAACGAGAGGGCAGAAGAGAGAGCGUGAAAGUGAUCCAGGACAAGCCGUGGACAAGUUAGCAGACGUGCCUUCUCCUCAGGAAGAAGAUGAGGACAUGUCGUGCAGUGAGACAGAAACUGAGAGCUCUCAGAAUGCCGUCUAUGUAAAAGAGAAGAUCCAGGACAAGGCUAGGUGGACUCAGAAAGUGACUCAAGCCUCUAAGAAACACUUGAAAAAGAAAAAGAGAGGACAUAACUAUUCAGCUGAGAGCGCGUCUUCCCAACAAGAUGGAAACCUUGAAAAGAGCAACGUGUUCUCCUGAAUGGGACUCACAAGCGACACCCUCUUACCUUUCUACAGGAUGAUUGAACAAAAUGGGUGAAAAGGGGACAAUUAACAUGUAUAAAGCUAAGAUAACCUUCUAGUCACCUUCACAUAAUCCGCAGUAAGGAGAUUGCCCAAUACUGCCAGAGGACACCUCUCACAGGCCUGACAAUGAGCAGAGUAAUGCAAUGAGAGUAACUCAAUCAGAAGCCCACAUACUCUUCACGGACAUUCCACCUAUUUAUCAAUCUAGCACUCAGGUGCAUUCUAGGUCCAAAUCUAGUCUUCAUGGGUUUUAAACUACUCUGUGCUAAGUCUCAGAUGUUCUUGCAGUUCUAUAAACUUCCUUAAUUAUUUAUUUUAAAAAUGACCUAGUUGUGAUGCAAAGAUAAUAUCUAUCGCACGCUGCUACAUUGUAACGAUCUCUAUUAGUUUGGAACCCAUAUUCUGUUCAGUGGGCCCCUAGUGUUUGGAGCAGGUAUAUCACAUUUCUUAGUAUGCAGGUAAUUGCUUUCAAUAAAUUAAGCAAUGUCUUGUCCAGGACUAACAAGACACCUUAGAUGCAGGAAAGAAAUUGUAAGGGCUUAGCACAAUUAAUAUUAGUAUUUAUUAUAUUAAAAUUACAGAAUGGGUCACCCAGCUAAACUAAGGACUUUCAUAAAUUAGUUAUGCAAAGCUGGGACUGUAAAACUGCAAUCCAUGCAGU